AUGGCAACAAGUUCACAAAACCCAGCAAACCUUAUCUUCAUCCCUUUCCCCAUCCUCAGCCACCAGGCUGCCGCCGUGCAAACCGCCGGCCUCCUUGUCGACCGGAACCCGCGCCUCACGGCCACCAUCAUCGUCAUGAAGCUCCCGGUCGACACCAAAACCACCACUCCCGACCACAACCCCAGGAUACGGUUCGUGGAGCUUCCCCCGGACGAGCAAAGCUUUGCCAAGUAUGGCACGAACCCGAACUCCUUAACCGUCUACUACACCGAAAGCCAGAAGGGCCCGGUUAGAGACACCGUGAUGACUAUAAUGCAUUCGGGCCGGGUCGCGGGCUUCGUGGUCGACAUGUUCUGCACGGCCAUGAUCGACGUGGCCCACGAGCUCGGUCUCCCAUCCUACAUUUUCUUCACGGGCAACGCCUCGAACCUCGGGCUCUUGUUCGGGCUCCAGGAGUUUAUCGACCGGGAGAAUAAGGACCUCGCGGAUUACGAGAAUACCGAUUUCGAACUAUCCUUCCCGAUUUACUCGAGCCCUGUUCCUGCCAAGGUGUGGCCGACGCAAGUCUUCGAGAAGGAAAGCAAUUGGUCGAACUUCACGAGGAAAUUCAGGGGAACGAAAGGGAUCGUCGUGAACACAUUCCUCGAACUCGAGCCGCGCGCGAUCCGCGCCCUCUGGGAGGAUGAGUUAACCCCACCAGUUUAUCCCGUGGGCCCGAUUAUCGAGUCGGAGGCUAGAGGACGAGGAGUAAUUAGUCGCGAAGAAGAGGUCGUGAUGAGGUGGCUCGACGGGCAGCCCGACUCGUCGGUCGUGUUUCUCUGCUUCGGGAGCGGCGGGUGGUUCGGUGCCGAGCAAGUGAAGGAAAUUUCCGAGGGGCUCGAAAACAGCGGGCAGAGGUUUCUUUGGUCGUUGAGAAAGCCGGCUCCCGAGGGAAAGUUGGAGUUUCCGGGGGAGUACGAGGAUCCAGGGGAGGUCCUUCCGGAAGGUUUUCUCGAGCGGACUGUAGGGUUUGGGAAAGUGAUCGGGUGGGCCCCACAGAUAGCUGUGAUGGCCCACAGGGCGGUCGGGGGGUUCGUUUCGCAUUGCGGGUGGAAUUCGGUGCUCGAGAGCGUGUGGUUUGGGGUUCCGUUAGCGGCGUGGCCGAUCUACGCCGAGCAGCAAGCGAAUGCUUUUCAGCUUGUGAGGGAGCUCGGGAUGGCGGUCGAGAUCAAGGUGGAAUACAAUAUGAAGACUUGCAACGGGAUUGUGCCGGCCGCGAGGAUAGAGGGGGCCGUGAGGGAGUUGAUGGGACCGGAGAAUGAAGGCCGGCGAGCUAAGGUGAGGGCUUUGAGCGAAACGAGUGGGGCUGUCAUGUUGGAAGGAGGUUCGUCGCAUGAGUUUUUGGGCCGGUUUAUCGACAGUGUUUUGGAUAACAUUUCUUGA